GGUUCCAGAAGCGGAAACGGAACCGGUACUUGUCAAUGUUUUUGGUACUUGUGUGCUUGUCAACGAUAAAACUUUCGCGGUUAUAACUAUAGUGGUCAAAACAUUUGCCACUCGUGAGAUCUUCUGGAACAGUGAUUAUCCGGUUCGCUCACAACACAACCCUCUCCCUGUUGGCCACAUGUGUUAUCCAGUCGGAGCAAUUCCAGCUCCAGUUUUGUCUGAACCAUCGUGGAGGUAACAUCGUUUGCUCUUCGCGUGUUAUACCAUUUAAUCCGCCCGUGACUAAAACAUUUCACCAAAUUAUCCCAUAACUGUUGAAUUCAUUUGAAAAUUGAGAGAGAAAAUAAAAUUUUCAUCAUAUUGUGAGUAAUUGAUGGUAUUUCUCAAUAAUCGACAAGUGCCCGGUUAAUCAACAUACAAAAGUAAAACGUUCGCGCCUGAUCAUAGUCAUAUACACAAGUAUUUUGACUUUUAUGAAUCCUAUUAAAACUCUACGGCAGUGACUGGUGAUCGAGCAGUAAAAGUGAAGUGAACCUCGUGGCACACGUUCUCUUUCCGUCUUUUUUUUAGUGUAAUAUACAGAAGUUCGUUCUUGUUUUUCUUUCUUGAGAUGUAAUAAUUUCUUGAGGAUAUUUUUGAACUGGAGAAACAGAUGAAAUUUUUGUUUUUGGAGGAAAUUGCGGAGGAAACGGAAAUAUUCUACGCGCGGAUUAUAGGUUUCGACUUUUCAAGCGACUUGAAGUUCGCUAGAGGAGUCAACUCUACGCGCACCAAUGAUGAUUUUUGCGUACGGCUAAACGGACGACGGAUUUAAAGAAGGAUUAUCAAUCUUUUUACUGAAGAAAAAGGACAAAAAAAAAAAAUGGGGGAAAUUUUAGGAUCGGCCAGUUUUCUGCACCUCGGCGAUAUUGUCAGCUUGUACGCCGAGGGAAGUGUUUCCGGCUUUCUUUCCACUCUCGGAUUAGUAGAUGACAGAUGUGUCGUAUGUCCGGAAGCUGGAGAUUUAUCAAAUCCUCCAAAAAAAUUUCGAGAUUGUCUCUUCAAAAUAUGUCCUAUGAAUCGGUAUUCGGCUCAAAAACAAUUUUGGAAAGCUGCAAAACAAAGUGCAAGUUCAAGUACAGAUGCUGUUUUACUCAAGAGACUUCACCAUGCGGCCGAAAUAGAGAAAAAGCAGAACGAAAGUGAAAACAAGAAACUUUUGGGCACUGUUGUCUCGUAUGGAAACGUCGUCCAACUCCUGCAUCUGAAAUCGAAUAAAUUUCUGACAGUGAAUAAACGAUUGCCAGCGCUAUUAGAGAAAAAUGCAAUGCGCGUUUAUUUGGAUGCAAAUGGAAACGAGGGUUCAUGGCUCUAUAUAAUGCCAUUUUAUAAACUGCGAAGCGAUGGCGAUAGUGUUGUGGUGGGUGAUAAGGUAAUUAUGGAACCUGUGAACGCCGGUCGUCAGGGUUUACAUGUUGCUGCUAAUUAUGAAUUGAGCGACAAUCCCGGUUGCAAGGAAGUUAAUGUUGUUAAUUCAUCGACAUCAUGGAAAGUCACAUUAUUCAUGGAGCACAGAGAAAAUCAGGAGGAAAUAUUAAAAGGUGGCGAUGUCGUUCGUCUUUUUCACGCUGAACAGGAGAAAUUUCUCACCAUGGACGAGUACAAGAAGAAGCAUCACGUUUUUCUUAGAACAACCGGUAGGACAUCGGCCACUGCAGCGACAAGCAGUAAGGCCCUUUGGGAGGUCGAGGUGGUCCAACACGAUCCAUGCCGAGGCGGUGCGGGUCAUUGGAAUUCACUGUUUAGGUUCAAACAUUUAGCAACGGGUCAGUAUCUCGCAGCGGAAAUUGAUACGGACGAACCUGUUGAAACUACGAAAGGAAAAAGAGAUCCUGGGCCAGUGUACAGAUUAGUUUCAGUUCCACACAGCAAUGAAAUUAGUUCUCUGUUCGAAUUAGAUCCCACGACAUUAACAAGGGGUGAUAGUUUAGUGCCUCAGUCAUCAUUUGUAAGACUGCACCACAUUUGUACAAAUACUUGGGUACAUUCGACGAGUGUACCGAUAGAUAAAGACGAUGAGAAGCCCGUAAUGUCCAAGGUGGGCUGUGCGAUGAGUAAAGAGGACAAGGAGGCAUUUGCACUGAGAUCCGUCUCGCCGGUUGAAGUUCGCGAUUUGGAUUUUGCGAAUGACGCGUGUAAAGUGUUGGCAUCGAUUAGUAGUAAAUUGGAAAAGGGAACAAUUUCGCACAAUGAAAGACGAUCGGUUACGAGUUUAUUGCAAGACAUUGUUUAUUUUAUAGCCGGAUUAGAAAAUGAGCAAAAUAAGUCUGAAGCUCUUGAUCUGACUGUCACGAAUACUGUUAGAGAUAGACAAAAAUUACUCCGCGAACAAUAUAUCCUUGGACAAUUAUUCAAAAUUCUUCAGGCGCCUUUUCUGGAAUCGGCGGAAGGUGAGGGACCAUUUCUUAGGAUAGAGGAACUCAAUGAUCCAAGGCAUGCUCCUUACAAAUACAUGUUUCGAUUGUGCUAUCGAAUACUCAGACUCUCGCAGCAGGAUUACCGAAAAAAUCAGGAGUACAUAGCGAAGCAUUUUGCAUUUAUGCAAAAGCAAAUUGGUUACGAUAUUUUGGCGGAAGAUACAAUAACGGCAUUGCUGCAUAAUAAUCGGAAACUAUUGGAAAAGCAUAUAACGGCCGCUGAAAUUGAGACUUUCGUUGGACUUGUGAGGAAGAAUAUGUAUACUUGGGAAUCAAGAUUUUUAGAUUAUCUCUCUGAUUUAUGUAUCUCCAAUAAGAAGGCCAUUGCCGUUACUCAAGAAUUGAUCUGCAAAAGUGUUCUUAGCGAAAAGAAUAAAGACAUUUUAAUAGAGACUAGGAUGGUCAGAAAUCCGGUGGAAGUCGUGGACAUUGACGAGAGGCAAGAAAACGAGGAACCACAGAUAUCCAUCAUCGAGGAACUUGAAGUUAUGCUCGUUUGGAAUAAUGGAACGAAAACAUUGCCUCUGAGUGAAUUGUCACGUGGCGCGAAAUUGGGAAAUAUUGAAGACGCAGCGAUUUUGGAUUAUUAUAGACAUCAAUUGAAUUUAUUUAGCAAUAUGUGUCUGAAUAGACAAUAUUUGGCGCUGAAUAAUCUCUCACCCCAUUUAGAUAUUGAUUUAAUACUCAAAUGCAUGGAAGACGAAACUGUUUCGUACGAAUUGCGAGCUUCAUUUUGUCGAUUAAUGCUUCAUUUACACGUGGACAGAGAUCCACAGGAACAAGUCACGCCAGUGAAAUACGCUCGUCUUUGGUCUGAGAUUCCUUCGAAAAUGAGCAUUAAUGAUUACGAUACAAAUAAAAUGCCGGAUGAAAAUAAAGAAGCUGUGAGAGCGAGAUUCAGUUCAACAAUAAUGUUCGUGGAAGAUUAUUUGUGUAAUGUUGUGGCGAAGGUUUGGUCGUUCGCUGAUCAGGAGCAAAAUAAACUUACAUUUGAGGUUGUUAAACUUGCCCGCGAUCUAAUUUACUUUGGAUUCUAUGGCUUCAGCGAUUUACUUACUCUAACAAAAACUCUCCUAAAUAUUCUCGAUUGCGUGUCUGAAAACGAUUGCUCAAAUGGAAAAAUACCCACUGGAGAAAUUGAUUCCGAAAGCGUGGAAUCUGAGGAAACAGCCGAAGGCGGUGUUCUGAGAUGCAUCGGCGAUAUGGGAGCAGUAAUGACAAAUCUAACAUUAGGACCAGCGGGUCAAGUUCUCGCUGGAAAUUCCUCUCAAAAACCAAAUCCAUCGGCGAAAAAGGAAUAUCCUCUCGUGAUGGACACAAAAUUGAAAAUUAUCGAAAUUCUACAAUUUAUACUUGACGUGAGAUUGGAUUUUCGAAUAUCGUGUCUGCUCAGUAUUUUUAAACAAGAAUUCGAUGAGACUGAGAAAACUUCAGGUGAUAUGAAUCUCGGACAGAAGGGUAUCGAUUUGGAAUUAGUUGGCACACAGGCAGAAGGUAUUUUCGGGAGUAGUGAGGAAUGUGUCGCUUUGGACUUGGAUGGUCAAGGUGGAAAAACAUUUUUGAGAGUUUUGCUUCAUUUGGCUAUGCACGAUUAUCCGCCCCUUGUUUCUGGAGCCUUGCAUCUUCUCUUUCGACAUUUCAGUCAAAGGCAGGAAGUUUUACAAGCCUUUAAACAGGUGCAACUUUUAGUCUCGGACAGUGACGUCGAAUCUUACAAGCAAAUAAAAGCAGAUCUCGAUGUUCUUCGGCAAUCGGUGGAAAAAUCGGAACUCUGGGUUUAUAAAUCGAGAGCAACCGAGGAGCAUGAGGCGAAAAAGAAGAAGAGCAAAGAAGAUGAAGACGAGAACACGGCUCCGAGGAAGACUCCUCCUCAGCUCUCUUCUCUGGAGAAAAAAGGAUCAGCAAUUGAUUUGGACAUUGGACCACCAUUGCACGCCGAUCAAGCCGAGGAAUAUAAAAAGAUUCAACGAAUUUUAAUGAGAAUGAAUAAACUUUGCAUUCAAACAUUGCCGAAUGGUCAAGCGAUACCGCGAAAACAUGAACAACGAUUAUUGAGAAAUGUUGGCGUUCAUAUUAUUGUAUUGGAUUUACUGCAAGUGCCAUUUGAUGCAAAGGAAGAUGUACGAAUGAAUGAAUUAAUGCGUUUGGCGCAUGAUUUCCUGCAAAAUUUCUGUCUAGGAAAUCAACAAAAUCAAGUUUUAUUGCAUAAACAAUUGGAUUUAUUUUUAAAUCCCGGUAUUCGUGAGGCGCAAACUGUUUGCAGUAUUUUUCAAGAUAAUUCAACUUUGUGCAAUGAAGUCAAUCCAAAAGUGAUACAGCAUUUUGUUCAUUGCAUCGAGACGCAUGGAAAACAUGUUCAGUACUUGAAAUUUCUUCAAACAAUUGUUAAAGCGGAGAAUCAAUUUAUUCGCAAGUGUCAGGAAUUGGUUAUGCAAGAGAUGGUGCAAUCUGGAGAGGAUGUUUUGGUUUUCUACAAUGAUAGAGCGUCAUUCAAUCAAUUUGUCGAGAUGAUGCGAUCAGAGAGACACAGAACGGAGGAAAGCAGUCCAUUACGAUAUCAUGUCGAACUUGUGAAACUAUUGGCUUGCUGUACAAUGGGCAAGAAUGUCAAUACGGAAAUCAAGUGUCACAGCCUUUUGCCAUUAGACGAUAUAGUUGCCAUGGUUUCCCAUCCCGAUUGCACUCCAGAGGUAAAGGAGGCUUAUAUCAACUUUCUCAAUCAUUGCUACAUUGACACGGAAGUGGAAAUGAAGGAGAUUUACACGUCAAAUCAUAUGUGGUCACUAUUUGAAAAAUCGUUCAUUGUCGACAUGGGUCUGAUAGCGAACGCCACACACGAUCGAAGUCAUGCCGAUACUGUUCUGGAAAAUUAUGUGACAAAUUGUUUAAUGAACAUUAUCACAACAUUUUUCAGCAGUCCAUUCUCCGAUCAAAGUACAACAGUUCAGAAACACCUGCACGAAGCAAGACUAUACUGGAAUCUAAAGGAGUGUGACCGCACCAGUAAUAAUAAUUGCGAAGAUAGUACUCGACAGCCAAUAUUCGUCCAGUUAUUGCAUGCUGCGUUCAAAGUUUCUCAAUGUACGUGGCUCAGUGCAGGACAACGCUUCAGCGUAGAAAAUUGCAUAAGAACAUUGUCCGAUGUCGCCAAGUCGAGAGGAAUUGCAAUACCAACGGAUUUGGAGAGUCAAGUCGCUUCUAUGUUUAAUAAAGCUGCGAUGCUUAGUAGACAGACGAGUAAAUGGCUUCAGGCUGCGAAACAACCGAAAGUCGAACGUACUCACAGUCAACUAAUGAGAUUAGAUCGCAGUAUCAUUGAGGGACUACAGGAUAUUGUUUCUCUAUUGGAGGAACAAUUAAAACCUUUGGUACAAUCGGAAUUGUCUCUGCUUGUUGAUAUUCUCUACCGACCGGAGUUACUUUUUCCCUCGGCAACCGAGGCCAGAAGAAAAUGUGAAAACGGCGGCUUCAUUCAUCGACUGAUAAAGCACACGGAGAAAUUGUUGGAAGUAAAGGAGGAAAAAUUGUGCGUCAAAGUUUUGAGAACUCUACGAGAAAUGAUGGCAAUUGAUCCUGAAUAUGGAGAAAAGAUUCAGGAAAAUGCUGAUAAAAUCGAAGCGCCCAAGGAGAUCGAAUCUGAAAUUGCGCCGGGUUCCUUGCAGCAAAUUGAAAAUCAUCGAUUGACACAACAGCAGCGGGGGGAUGUUCUCAGGAAUAACCUGCUCAGCAGAUACUUCGGCAAGGCAUUUACUCAAAAACCUGACAAUAUGGAAAUUAAAAAUUCUUGUACAGUUUCCGUGACUCAUGGACCUGGAGCGAAAAUUCUGAGCAGAGCUGGCAGAACAUUACACGAGGUACAAAGUCAUUUGGAUCGUGAAGGAGCAUCGGAUUUGCUUGUGGAAUUAGUUAUAAGAAGCGUUCACUCGCCAAGUAUAUUCGUCGAAGUCGUGGAACUUGGAAUUGCACUAUUAGAAGGGGGAAAUCCAAUUAUUCAGAAGAGUAUUUUUUCCAAACUAAUGGCACUUGACUUAAGUCAAUCAUUUUUCAAGGUUUUUUACGAUAAAAUGAAGGACUCGCAGCAAGAAAUCAAGUCAACGGUCACUGUUAAUACAUCCGAUUUAGCAGCAAAAGCUCACGUGGACAAGGAACAGAGUAAGGAACUAGAAAAAAUAUCCCGAAAGCCAGGAAAACCGAAUGGAAUUGUAAUAACGGAUGAGUUGCGGGAAGAAUUGAAUCAAGCAGCGGCGUCAACAGUUCAGGCUUAUGCGUCGAUACGAAAUUUAACACCAGGCGAAGAUGCAUCGAAUAAUGCGGCUCUCGGCUGCGCUUUGGAGGAUAUGCUCGCGGAAAAAUUGGAAAAACACACGGGCGCUGGAGUUGAGAAAGACGAAGCCCAACUGAGCACCAAGGUUUUGGUUAUGCAGCCAAUUCUCCGAUUUCUUCAACUUCUCUGUGAGAAUCACAAUCGUGAGUUACAGAACUUUCUGCGAAAUCAGAACAACAAAACGAAUUUCAAUCUUGUCUCGGAGUCUCUAAUGUUUUUGGAUUGCAUUUGCGGCUCGACAACUGGUGGCUUGGGUCUUUUGGGAUUGUACAUAAAUGAGCAUAAUGUCGCAUUAAUAAAUCAGACACUUGAAACAUUAACGGAAUAUUGUCAGGGACCGUGUCACGACAAUCAAAAUUGCAUAGCAACUCACGAAUCAAAUGGUCUGGAUAUUAUCACAGCAUUGAUUUUAAACGAUAUCAAUCCAUUGGGCAAGACACGAAUGGAUCUUGUUUUGGAAUUAAAGAAUAAUGCCAGUAAACUUUUACUUGCAAUAAUGGAGAGUCGUGGCGACAGUGAAAAUGCCGAGAGAAUUUUAUAUAAUAUGAAUCCAAAGCAACUUGUCGAUGUUGCUUGCACGGCAUUUCAUCAGGAAUCAUUGGAUGACGAUGCGGAUGUUGAUGAUACUUCUUCUGAUAAUGAGGAUGGAGUCUCUCCUAAAGAGGUGGGACACAAUAUUUACAUUCUUUGUCAUCAAUUAGCACAACACAAUAAAGAAUUAGCAGCGUUGUUAAAACCGUCUGAACAAAGUAAUAUGGAUCCGAAAACUCACAAGGCACUUCAGUAUUAUGCCUCUCACACUGCCCAAAUCGAGAUUGUCAGACACGAUCGAACUUUGGAACAAAUUGUAUUUCCAAUACCGGAAAUUUGCGAACUAAUAACGCUCGAUACAAAAAUUCGUGUUUUAAAUACAGCCGAGAGAGAUGAUCAGGGCUCAAAAGUCUCGGAAUUUUUCGAGAGAACGGAAGAUAUGUUCAAUGAAAUGAAAUGGCAAAAGAAAUUGAGAGUAAUUUGUUUUUUAGGGCAACCAAUGCUGUUCUGGAUGAGCAGUUACAUGUCACUUUGGAGCAAUAUUCUCUUUAAUUGUGCCGUAUUAAUUAAUCUUAUUGUCGCGUUUUUCUAUCCAUUUGUCGAUUCUGUUCCCAAACUUAGUUCACAUUUCUCGGGACUCAUUUGGACCACAAUGCUCUCAUCGGGUGUUAUAGUUGUCACUCUACCUCGAGAAUCCGGCAUUCGUACAUUAGUUGCUUCGACUAUUUUAAGAUUAAUAUUUUCAUUGGGACCAGAACCAACUCUUUGGUUACUUGGUUUCUUAACAGUUAUUUUAAAAAUAGUUCAUUUCAUUAGUAUAAUAGGCAAUCAAGGAACGUUGACCAAAAAUAUCGAGCAUAUUAUAACAGACGUCGAACUGCUCUAUCACUUAUUAUAUCUUAUAUUUUGUGUCCUUGGAAUAUUUGUACAUCCAUUUUUCUACUCUGUUUUGCUCUUCGAUGUAAUUUACCGGGAGGAAACUUUGCUCAAUGUGAUAAGAUCGGUAACGAGAAAUGGAAGAUCUAUAAUAUUAACUGCAGUCCUCGCAUUGAUUCUAGUUUACAUGUUUUCCAUUAUUGGAUUCAUGUUCUUCAAGGACGAUUUCUUAGUUAGCGUUGAUGAGGAAAUAAACUCCCCGGAGAAAAUUGCAAUGACUGGUUCAUGCAGUAAGGACAAUAUGGAAAAUUGCGAAACCACUGAAACAAUUUCACGAUCCGUUCAGGAAAACGAUCGUGAAUCGGAAUUAAUAAACGUUGGUGGCGAUUCGAAGGAACGAGCUUGCGAUUCUCUCGUUAUGUGUAUCGUUACAACUUUGAAUCAAGGACUUCGUAAUGGCGGAGGAAUUGGCGAUAUUUUACGAGCACCCUCAAGUACCGAGCCAUUAUUUGUCGCAAGAGUCGUUUACGAUUUACUCUUCUUCUUCAUAGUGAUAAUUAUUGUUCUCAAUUUGAUUUUUGGUGUCAUUAUUGAUACAUUUGCGGAUCUAAGAUCAGAAAAGCAGCAGAAGGAACUGAUUUUAAAAAACACAUGUUUCAUUUGCGGUUUAAAUAGAUCGGCAUUCGACAAUAAAACAGUGUCGUUUGAGGAGCACGUGAAACACGAGCACAAUAUGUGGCACUAUCUUUACUUCAUUGUUCUCGUAAAGGUAAAAGAUCCGACUGAAUUCACAGGACCGGAAUCAUAUGUCUACGCAAUGGUCAAGGAUCGAAAUCUUGACUGGUUCCCACGUCUCAGGGCGAAAUCAUUAGCCGCCGACGAGGGAGAGGGCGAGCAAGUUGAACUUCGAAGUUUACAAUCGCAAUUAGAAAGCACGCAACAAUUAGUUAAAUGUCUAUCACAACAACUCACUGAACUUCGUGAUCAGAUGACGGAGCAGCGAAAGCAAAAGCAACGAUUGGGACUUUUAAAUUCUGCGUCAGCGUAUCUGCACAAUAUGUCUUCGUAAAUUCGAUUCAAUAUUAUUGUCGUGUUUAUCUCAAAAUCCUGACAAUGACCUUCUUCAAUCUCUCAAAAAUAAAAAUAAGCAUUUAAAUCAAGUAAAAUCCAUAUCGAAAAAAAAGUUAUAUUACGUGUGUAAUAGCAUUUGUACGGUGUUGUUCCUAGCAAAUGGAAAAGAAAAAUAGUAUAUAGAAUGUUGUAAUACGUAUUUGUUAUUAAUUGUUCUACUAUUAAUUAAAAAAAAUCAUUGUUAAUGAUUAAGAAAAAAAUAUUACUGUAAAAGAGACGCAGUGAUUGAAUAUUUGCUCUAUGAGUUUAAGACGAUUCGUUGUUUCUCUUAUGUUUAAUAAAAUUUAUCCAUUUUUAAA